AUGAUCACUGAGUUUGUAGUCCUGGGUAAUCACACAUUUUCGAUUGUCGAAGAAGAAAAAUUUAAAUACUUAAUGAACAUGGGUUUUCCUAAAAGGAAAUGUCUAACAAGAAAAACGUUGAUGAGUAGAAUAUCUAAUAUUUCACAGGAGUUAAAAAUAGAACUUAAAGAGCAACUGAUGUCUAUUGAACUUAAAUAUGUUUGUGCCACUGCUGAUUGUUGGUCUGUCUACAAAAAGAGCUACAUAGGAGUUCAUUGGUUUGACCCAAUAACUAGUGAACGAAAGUCUGCAGCUCUUGCUUGUCGGAGGCUAAAGGGUCGACAUACUUUUGAUGUUUUGGCAAAAGUAUUACAUUCUAUAUUUUGUGAAUAUGGAAUAAUUAAUAAAAUAUCUAGAGUUGUCACAGAUAAUGGUUCCAACUUUAUAAAAGCUUUUAGGUAA